AUGCCCAAACCGACCAGCGCCGCGCAAUUGUCUCAAACAAGUGAAACCAAAAAACAACUUCAGAUCGAAGGACCACAAUACUCACCUGAAGAACUCAGUGUGACCCAUUCAAAAGCAUGGGAUGCAUUCAUCUUUUCUUGGUGUAAUAAAAAUAUUGUGAUUUUAAAUCCUCAUCCAUAUAUUUCUAUGAUAGGUCAAUUCACUCCGGCCAACUUUUUACAAGACUUCAAAAAUAAUACAAGUUUCAUCAGUGGGAAAACCGGGGCAACGAGCCAUGCCAGUGUAUCUACUGUAGACGGAGCAAGUAAACAACUUCAAAUCGAAGGACCCCUUUAUCCAGCAAGUAAAGCCACCAACUCGUGCUCUGGAAGUGGUCCAGCUUCUCUUGUGACCUUCAAACCUCCCAAACAACAACUCUCAAUUGAAAUAUUCACUGCUUCCAACUCUUUACAAGACGUCAACGAUAUUUCAACACCUCUCAGUGGGCAAACGUGUUCGACUACCCACGAUGAGGCAUCAAUUGAUGACGAGGCAGUCCAAAUAUCGAGAACUUUUCACGCCAAGUCUGGAAACCCUUGGUAUAAGCCCAACACUUUCAACUUCGACGCCAUUGCACAAUCGGACCCUCCGGAAUCAAUCUCUCGACAUGAGCGUUUCCUCUGGAAUGCCCUCAAGAAUUUUGCCAUGCCUACCCCCACCUUCAUUGAGCGUGGAAUGCACUACGUCUUGGCUGCCCUUGUCUUGAUUGGAUCAGACGCUGAAAAGGCGCAUUUCUCUCAGGAGCUUCCCGAUGUCUCACCCAUAUCUCGCGGGGCUCGCACUGCCUAUUCAUGCUGGCACCAUUACAAGAAACUUUCAUCUCUCCGAUGGGCGAAGAUUGUUGCGAAGAAAAGUGAAGCUGCCGCUGAUGGCUGCAUUGAAGAUCUUGAUAGAUUAAUUGCAAUUAUCUACACAAUGGUAGAGACCUUUGCUAGUAUAUGGGCAUCUACAACUCUCAAAGCUGACAUUGAAGCAACCGAACAAUCGAUCAAGAAAAGUCGAUCCACCAAAGAGAUUGAUCGAUUGACUUCAGGCUUGGAACAGCUGAAGAAAACUCGCAGCCAAAUCAAGGUUGAAUAUACCAACCUACCGGCCCUUGUUGGUUUUCUCUGUUCCGGUGUCAAGGGUUUGAUGAUAUAUCCUACUGAUGGAAGAGUAUUCAGUCCUUUGCGAGCGGUUAACUUUUUACUUGUGACAAGCCACUUAGCCCAAUCUGAUCAAUCGAUCUCGGAGCCAAUUUGGAAAAGGACGCAAUCAUAUAUCGUCGACUUUUUGAAAGCUGUCAUCCUACCAACCAAAGAAUGGGUUCCACGAGAAUUGAAUCGUUACCACCUGGCCAAGGCUUUAUUCCUUGAUUUCUCGGACUAUUGUAUUUCACGAAACAUGACGACAAUCUACAUCCCCAAGUGUAGAAACUAUAAAGUAAAUGACAAAACGUAUAUGUGA